AUGUGGUCUGAAGGGCGAUACGACUAUGAAAGAGUUCCAAGAGAACGUCUCCCUCCAAGGAUUCAUGGUGAUGGUGAUUACCAUAGAAUAGUAAACGUUAUGCCCAAGAGACCACCACUGCUUGAGAGACCAGGGGAUGGGGAUUACAGCCGCUAUGAUGAUUACGAUCAUGCUGAGUACAGAGACUAUGAAGAGGGUCGUGGUUUUGCCCAUGACCGAAGAAAUGGCCCUCCACACCGAGGUGAUGAAUCAGGAUACAGAUGGGCAAGGGGUGAUCAUCCUUCAAGUCGGCAGCCUGAAUACAGGGACACCAGAGAUGUCUUCAGGAGGAAAAGCUUCUAUCCUUCCCAUUAUAUGAGGGAGCGAUCCCCUCAUAAGAGGGACCCUCCUUUCUUCAGGGAAUCGCCAGGGAGCCGAAGGGAUUCUCCACACAGCAGAUCUGGCUCCAGUGUCAGCAGCCGGAGCUACUCUCCUGAAAGAAGCAAAGCCUACCCUUUCCACCAGUCCCAGCAUAGCAGAAGUAUGUCAUCUUUACAUAAAAGAAAUAUUUCUUCUCAGCAAGGUAAAGAGAGGACAGUUCAAUCACUGAAAACAUCAAGAGAUGCAUCACCUUCAGGAUCCACAGCAGUACCUUCAUCAAAGGCCUUGGAGAAGAGUGACAGACUAUCAGAAAAGGAACUUGCAGAAGCUGCAAGCAAGUGGGCAGCUGAAAACUCAGAGAAGGCUGAGGAAAGCAAUUUACCUGAAAUAACAGAUUAUGAAGCUGGCUCUUCAGUUCCAUUCUACAUGGAACAAGCAGAGGAAGCAGAAACAAAUAUAACAGAUAGUAUGGAAUUAUAUGAGGAUGGCCAACAUCUUGAUCGCUCAAAAGCAAUUGCAGCUAAGACAAAGGAAAUUGAACAGGUCUACAGACAAGACUGUGAAACCUUUGGCAUGGUAGUGAAGAUGCUGAUUGAUAAAGAUCCAUCAUUAGAGAAGUCCAUUCAGUUUGCCCUGAGGCAGAAUUUGCAUGAAAUUGGUGAGCGAUGCAUUGAAGAGCUCAAACACUUCAUUGCUCAGUACGAUGCUGCCAAUCAAGAUCUGUCAGAAUCCUUCAAAGAGGGCUCAUACUAA